AUCGUUUGCACUGAUGAAGCCGGAAAAAAAAAAAAAAAAAGACAAUGCAAAACUCUGAACCCUAAACCCACAGCACCACCAUCGAAAUUCAAAUAAGUCUAAAAUGAACAAUCAAGCGUUGAAUCUGCUUGACAAAGCUUUAGGGUUAGAGCAACAGAGCGAAUCAUGGCCCCUGAGUGGGCGAGUCUUGUUGAUCGAGGACUGCGUCGAGACAAGCGGCUCGUUCGUGCUUCACCAACUCGUUAAACGCGCUCUCUCUUCAAAUUCAUCGAAUGUCAUCAUCUUUAUUGCCCUCUCCAAUUCCUUCUCUCACUAUGACCGCAUUCUCCGUAAACUCGGGUGCAAUCUAGUGAUACAGAGGGACAGUAAGCGUUUCUUUUUCUUUGAUAUGCUUAUGCUGCAGUGUUCAGAUGGAGAUGAAGCAAAUUCUGGUCAAGGUGGACUUGUAUUAUUGUAUGAGAAAAUAAGAAAAAUUAUUUGUGGCUUACCGAAAGACAAGAAGAAUCACGUUACAGUAAUGAUAGAUGAUAUGUCUCUCAUUGAGGUGGCUGCUAAUGGUGCUUCAGAUUAUGUCUUAGAUUUCCUGCAUUACUGCCACACUUUAACAUCAGAAUUUGAUUGUUCUUUAGUCUCACUUAAUCAUGAGGAUAUAUAUUCAAGCAUGGAGAGGCCUAAGUUUAUAUUACAGAUGGAGUACCUUGCAGACAUUCUGAUAAAAACAGAGCCUUUGGCUACUGGUUUGGCAGCUGAUGUGCAUGGUCAGUUGACAGUUUUGAACAAGGUAAUAUCUGAUGCCCCAGGGAACUCAAGGAACAAGAUACACAAUUUCCACUUCAAGGUCAAGGAAAAUGGUGUUGACUGUUUCUAUCCCGGGAGCCAGGCUUGAGAAACAGGCAACAUUAUUUUUAUGGGUAAUUGAAUUUGUGCACUGACAUAUAGAUGUUGUUUUACAGUUUGCUAGAAGAAAGCUUUAUGUUAUUUCAUGUGGAAAAGCUUGUAUCUUAUAUUGAUGAACAUUGAAGAGAAAGAAAAUUCCUUCAGAACAGAACAUCUUUACAACCCCUCAAUGGAUUGUUUGUUGAAUCUAUUUUUAAAUCAAAGAAAUUUUGAGACGAUUUGAAA